GGGCCGACGGCAGCCUCUCGGGACCAAGCGGCGCCUCCGCCCGCCCCGCCGCGGAAGGCAGCGGCCAUGGGGGCGAGGGAGCCCUGCCGGCGGCUGGAGGCGGUGCUCGGAGCCCUCUACGACCUGGGUGAGGAGCCCGGCAAUGGGGGCGAGGAGGAGGCGGCGGAGGAGGAGAGCCAGGAGCCGGUGGCGGCAGGAGGAGGAGGAGGAGGAGGAGGAAGAGAGGCGGGGGGGCAGCGGGGCGCCCGCGGCUUCUUCGUGGGGCUGCGGGACGAGCUCCGCGCCGCCGGCCCCCCGCCGCCCCCCGCCCCGCCGCUACAGCCCGUGGAGGUGGUGGUGUUCCGCGGGAGGAAGAGGAGGGUGAAGGUGAAAGAGGAGGAGGAGAAGGGGCGGCCGGGCCCCGGCAGCGGCGCACAGACCAAAGCAGUGGCUGAAAAGAAAAACAAGCAAGAAUUUAACUUCGAAAAAGCUCGCUUGGAAGUGCACAGGUUUGGGAUCACGGGCUAUGAGAAACAAGAGCAACGUUUAUGGGAACGGGAACGGGCUAUCAUGCUGGGAGCCAAGCCCCCCAAAAAGGAACACAUCAACUACAAGACAUAUCAAGAGAAAAUGAAAGAGAAAAAAGCAGGGAAGGAGGAUGAUAAGGGAAAGACACAGGAACACAAAGGAGAUUCUCUGAAGAAGAAGAAGAAAGACCUGAAGGAGAGGAAGGCCAAAAGGAAGAAAUCAGUGCCUAGCAUUUGGCCUGCAGGACAAGUCGGAAAAUUCAGAGAUGGGACUUUGAUUCUACAAAGUGGUGACAUAAAGAAAAUUAAAUCAUCUAAAGUUAUCAAAUGAACUUAUGAUACAGAAGGAAAUGGACAAAAGCCAUAAGACAGAAUUCACACUGCCACCAAAACAUAGCUCCUUGCCCUGUCGCCGUGUUGUAAUUCUUGUACCUUAUUAUUUGUUGCAGGUUUUUCUAUCUUCCAUUUGUUCUUCGGGGGAAUAUGAGAAUUUACCAUUUUGUAAAUAAAAGUAAGACUUU